AUGGUCCAGAACGUCGUCAUCUUGGGCUCUGGCUACGCCGGUCUCGGCAUCGCCCACAAGCUGCUCAAGUACACCCAACCCAAGGUCAAGGACCUCAAGGUCACCAUCGUCUCGCCCUCGACGCACCUGUACUGGAACUGCGCCGCCGUGCGCGCCAUCAUCCCCGGCGAGUUCUCCGACGACGUCCUCUUCAACGAGAUCAAGCCCGGCUUCGAGAAGUAUCCCGCCGACGCCUUCGAGUUCGUCCUCGGCAAGGCCAUCGGCCUCGACCCCGCCGCCAACCUCGUCGAGAUCGAGACCAACGAGGGCCCCAAGUCCAUCUCUUACACCCAGCUCGUCAUCGCCACGGGCUCCGGGCUCGCAAGCGGUCUCCCGUUCAAGAACAUCGGCUCCCACGAGGAGACCGUCUCGGCCCUGCACAACCUCCAGGCCGAGGUCAAGGCCGCCAACUCCAUCAUCAUCUCGGGCGCCGGUACCACGGGCGUCGAGACGGCCGGCGAGCUGGGCCACGCCUACGGCUCCUCGAAGCAAAUCACCCUCAUCGUCGAGGGCGAAGCGCCGCUCCCCGGCCUCCUGCCGCAGCUCGGGAAGAUCGCCGCCAAGAGCCUGUCGGAGCUCAAGGUGAAGCUCAUCACCAAUGCCCGCGUCACCGAGGCCAACACCACCGAGCCCCUCAAGUCCGUCAAGCUGUCCAACGGCGAGACCCUGACGGCGGACGUCUACCUGCCCCUCUUCGGCGUCCGGCCCAACACCACCUUCGUCCCGGAGCACCUCCUCGACGACAAGGGCAGCAUCAAGCUCAAGCACGACCUGCGCGUCGAGGGCCUCACCAACGUCUGGGGCGUCGGCGACGUCGGCAACCUCGAGGCCAAGCAGCUCAUGCGCGCCGAGGGCCAGGCCCUGCACCUCGCCGACAACCUCGACGCCGUCCUCACCGGCAACGAAGCCAAGGUCAAGGACCUCAAGCUCACGCUGAAGCCCCAGGUCUUCGUCACCAUCGGCAAGAAGAAGGCGACGGGCCAGUUCAACACCAUGAAGCUCCCCGGCUUCAUCGUCAGCGCCGCCAAGGCCAAGACCUUCUUCACCGAAAAGGGUCCCGGCUUGGUCGCGGGCAAGAACAUUGCGAGGGCGUCCAUCUAG